AGUGACCCCUUGACAGUUUCUGCCUUAAAGCAGUUUAUUGACAAGAAACCGCAUUAUGUAAGUAAGGAUUGUUGGAUACGCGAUGCUGCCUUGGUAGCUAUUAGUUCCUCCAAGACUGACCAGUUUGCAAAUGGGAAGUUUAUUCCUAUAGAAUAUGUAAAUACAGAGGUAACAGUUGGGGCCGUUGGUGCUAUUGUCAAAAGAAUAGAUUUACAGCUCAUAGCAUUAGAAUUGGUGGGGCAACAGCUGCAAUGGAAGCAGGACAGUUUUCUAGAAGGAUGGAUUUUGCUAUUUAGCGAUCCUCUUCUAAUCCCAUAUGUUUUUCAGCUUUGUUAA